CCCCCGCCGCAGCCGCGCUGUUCGCCUGGGGUGCGAACAGCUAUGGGCAACUUGGCCUUGGCCAUAAGGAGGAUGUGCUUUCGCCCCAGCAACUGCAUGACUUCUGUCAACCAGGGCGUAUCAGGAGGAUCACAGGAGGGGGAGGCCACUCUAUGGUUGUCACAGAUGGAGGAGACCUUUUUGUUUGUGGCCUGAACAAAGACGGGCAGCUGGGACUUGGUCACACAGAGGACGUUCUGUCUUUCAUCCCCUGCACAUCCCUCCUGGGCUGUCCCAUCCAGCAGGUGGCCUGUGGCUGGGACUUUACCAUUAUACUCACAGGAAGUGGUCAAGUUCUGUCCUGUGGCUCUAACUCCUUUGGCCAGUUAGGAGUUCCUCACGGGCCUCGAAGAUGUGUGGUUCCCCAGGUCAUCGAGCUCCUGACCGAGAAGGUUGUGAGCGUGGCUGCUGGACUGAGGCACGCGUUAGCUGCUACAGUGAGUGGCAUCGUGUUCCAGUGGGGGACUGGCUUAGCAUCGUCUGGACGACGGCUGUGCCCGGGGCAGACUCUUCCACUGUUUUUGACAGCCAAGGAACCAAGCAGAGUGACAGGUUUGGAGGAUCGUAAAGCAACAUGUGUUCUUGCGGGCGCAGAGCACUCAGCCUCGUUAACAGGCGCAGGAGAGCUGUAUGUUUGGGGGAGCAACAAGCACGGGCAGCUCGCAGCCCAGGCCGCCUUCCUUCCCACGCCCCAGAACAUAGAGAAGCGUUGUUUUCAGAAUGAAAAGGUCACAGCCGUCUGGAGUGGGUGGACACACCUGGUUGCUCAGACAGAAACUGGCAAGGUCUUUACCUGGGGCCGAGCAGACUACGGUCAACUAGGGAGGAAGCUGGAGUCUCAUGAAGACGGGAAGCUGGGAAGGCGAGAUUCACCCCUCCCCUGCUCGAGACGACAGACCAGCACACCCUCCUCUCUGCAUUGCCUGAUGGGAGCAACUGAGGUCUCUUGCGGCUCAGAGCAUAAUUUGGCAAUAAUCGGUGGGGCCUGCUACUCUUGGGGCUGGAACGAGCACGGCAUGUGUGGAGACGGUACCGAAGCCGACGUCUGGACCCCGAAGCCUGUGCAGGUCCUGCGGUCGUCAUCAGGGCUCCUUGUGGGCUGUGGGGCUGGCCAUUCCCUAGCCCUCUGCCAGCUGCCAGCACCCCUAGCACUGGACCAGGACCCCACGGUCACCUCCCCUUCUGCAGAUACCACCAAGGACACUGAAUCUCAGAAAGCCAUGGACCGAGACAGAAACUGGAAGGAAAGAUAAUCAGAAACUUCAGCCCAGAACCAACCUAGCAGAUCCAGAAACAGGGCUCUGCGGAGGGGGACCUUUAAUAAAGCGGCUUUUCCCACCAAA